CCUAUUUUUGUAAACUUGUCCAUAUUUGAGCGUCCAAGUAAAGAGUCGGGGAGAUGAGAAAUAUUAUGAAAAAUAAAAUAAUAUCGUCACUAGUUUGUAAUACCGUUUAAACUGCAACUCUUAAGGAACCAUAAGACUUGUUAUGUGGCUUUCGUUGGUAACACGACGGCUCGCAACCAAAAAAGAAAAAAAAGGCGUGGAGGCUAUGCCGUAGAUAGAUAUAUGGAAUCAACAUACCUUGAUAGGUUAACCUAUUCGGUCAGGUAAUUUUGGAGGUUUAGUAGGUCUACUCUAUAUGCGAAACGCCGCAGGUUUAAACCUCCUGAAAUCCCACCCGCGAAAGUGACCGAUCAUGGGCUCACUCUAACCCGAUUACGCGACCUGAUGGAUUGAUUCUUCCCUUUAUAUGACUGAUGCCCAGUGAUGCAGGACAUCCUUCGCCGAGAAGAUGGGAUUGUCGUCUGCAUCUGUUUCCUUGAUUCGUUUCCUUUAGCCUUACUCUCUCAGCUGUCAUCUGUUUUCUUCUACAUUUUCAUUCUUGCUGCAAUCUCACGUUGCAUUCGUUCGACGGCGGGGCCUUCAUUCCUUUCAUUCUCGUUCUUCGCCUUUUGACUCUCCUUAUGUUCAAUUCGUAAGAAGCUUUUAUUAAGAAAUGUACUUUAAGAAGUCGAUUUUCUUGUUGGCUGCGGCGCGUGUUGUCCUUGCAAAAGUUCAAUUUCUAGGAGUUUCGAUAGCGGGAGGCGAAUUCGGAUGCAAGAACGAUGGAACAUGUCCUUUAGACUCUGCAAAGCUUCCGGACGAUGGAGUUACUCAGAUGUGGCACUUUGUCGGAGAUGACGCCAUCAACAUACUGAGAAUGCCAACAUCAUGGCAGUUUCUCGUCAAAGACAAUUUAGGGGGGACGCUCGAUAGCAACAACUUUGAUAAAUACGACCGAUUGAUGCAGGCCUGUCUCGCUACCGGCGCAUACUGUAUGAUCGAUAUCCACAACUAUGCUCGAUGGAACGGCAAGAUCAUCGGACAGGGUGGACCGACGGAUGACCAAUUCGCCAAUCUCUGGGAACAGUUGGCGAAGAAGUACUCUGACGAGGAUAAGGUUAUCUUCGAGCUCAUGAACGAGCCGCACGACAUCGAUGUCGAUACGUGGGCGAAGACUUGCCAGGAAGUUGUUACGGCUAUCAGAAAAGCGGGCGCGACGAAGCAGAUGAUACUGCUUCCUGGGUCAAACUCCGAUGGCGUGGCGACACUGACCAAGGACGGCGGUGCGGAGCAAUUGCUAGAUAUCACGAACCCUGACGGAUCAACAGAUAAUCUGCUCUUGGAUAUCCAUGCGUAUUUGGAUAAGGAUGGCUCAGGGACGAACAAGCAGUGUUCAACGGAUAACACCGAUGCCUUCGCAGACCUUGCGAAGUACCUAAGGGAAAAGGGGAGGAAGGGUCUCGUCAGCCAGACGGGAGCGUCCCAAGAUUCCUCUUGUCUUAAGAUGUUCUGUGCGCAAAACACACUUAUCAACGACAACUCGGACGUCUUCGUCGGCAUAGUCGGUUGGGGCGCCGGCAAUAUCGAGACCUCUGAUGUUCUAAGCUUGACGCCAUCGAAGAAAGAUGGACGUCUAGUCGAUAACCAGUUGAUGUCUGAGUGUCUGGUCGAUACGUGGGCCAACGCUAAGGAAGUAAUCAAUCCGCCGGAGCCGGAACCGGAGUCGACAACAAAGGAAUUCAUUCCUACUUUUACUACCUCCCUAUCGAGGAGCAUUGUUACACCACCCGCACGCACAUCCUCAUCUUCAGACUCUGUAGACUUCGACGAGCCGGUUGUCACGGUCCACGUUCUGUCCGAUAUAAGUAUACUACAGACAGCGGAGGUACCCCCCACCCUCACGACAUUGAUAACCGCGGCCGGAUCACCGAGCGACGAAUCUUACAGCAUCGCAUGGGAGAUACCAACAACCACACCAGCAAUAAGCCAGACUCAAAUACCUUGGCCGACGCCGACAGCAGAUGCUCCGUCGACUAGAGCCAUGGCGCUCCUCCUCUGGAGCUGCGCACUGCUGCCUCUUCUUUUAUGAUUUCUAAGAGCAUAAUAGUUUAAAUUUUGAAAAAUUCGACGGCCGGGGUCUUUGCGGCCCGGUAGAUAAUGAGGUCAGGACCUCACAACCUGCGAGCGUAUGGUUUUGCUCGAAAUGGGAAUCUCAAUAUUUGCGAAUGGUCGCUGGAAUAUGAAUCAUCAGGCGUAUGAGACCGGUUAUUCUUAGUUGGGCUUCUGACCAGAAUUUGUGUCAUAUUGGCCUUGAACACUUCCUUGUAUAGGUAUACUUGCAUUGAUGCACCGAUACCAUUAACACGAUCCUCGUUGGAUUGCUGGCAAAGAAUGUCUUGGAUAAAUUGUGAUUUUGAGUGAGAUGUAAGUGAUCAUCAAAUGGCUCACCGACUACGUAUAUUAUGAAUCUCGUUGAGUGAGAUUUAACAGUAUGUAUCGGAGGGGUGUAGUAAAAGGGGUAUGAUUAAGAUAGAUAGAUAGGUUCUUGAUCUGCUUGGGAAUUACUUUGUAGGAGUUAAUAAAAGACGAUCAUGAACUGAUAGCUGCAUCUCUUUCACACUGUAUCUAUAUAUCUGGAAGUUGCGAGAUGCGGGCGCUACUGCAAGGGAC